AGAGAAAGAGAGAGAGAGAGAGAAAGAGAGAGAGAGAGAGAGAGAGCAGAGCAGAGCUUUGGAACAGGGACUUCCCUGAGCCUCCAUCGUCUACAGAGAGAGAAAAAAAAAAACCUAUCACACACACACCGCCUCCCACACGCACACACGCGCGGACACACACACGCACACUGUGCUGAGAGCUAGGAAGGGGCUUUAAAGAGCUUUACACUAAACGGAGACAAAGGGACUAGAAGUUGCCACAAUGGAGGAAAACAUGGAUGAAUCGCAAAGCCAGAAAGGUUGUAAGGAGUGCUGUGAGCGCUGUGUGGGCAGCCUGCCCUGGGCCUCCCUCAUCGCUACGGUCCUCCUCUACAUGGGCGUGGCCUUGUUCUGUGGGUGUGGCCACGAGGCUUUGAGCGGCACCGUCACCAUCCUUCAGAACUACUUUGAAGUCAUCCGAGCCCCGGGAGAAACGCUGGAUGUGUUCACCAUCAUCGACAUCCUGAAAUACAUCAUCUACGGCCUGGCAGCUGGAUUCUUUGUGUUCGGAGUGCUGUUGCUGGUGGAGGGCUUCUUCACCACCGGAGCCAUCAGGGAUCUCUAUGGAGAGUUCAAAAUCACCGCAUGUGGACGCUGCCUCACCGCAUUCCUCAUUUUCCUGGCCUACCUGUUCUUCCUGGUUUGGCUCGGAGUGACAGCGUUCACCAGCCUGCCCGUCUUCAUGUACUUCAACGUUUGGUCCAUGUGUCAGAACACCAGCUUGGUGGAGGGAGCCAACUUCUGCCUGGACCUGCGUCAGUUCGGAGCGGUGGCCAUCUCUGAGGAGAGGAAGGUGUGUACAGGAUCUGAGAAGUUCUUCAAGAUGUGUGAAUCCAACGAGCUGGACUUGACCUUCCAUCUGUUUGUGUGCACACUGGCCGGAGCAGGAGCGGCUGUCAUUGCCAUGGUCCACUUCCUGAUGGCGCUGGCGGCUAACUGGGGCUACCUGAAGGACGCCAGCCGCAUGCAGAAGUACGAGGACAUCAAGUCCAAGGAGGAGCAGGAGCUGCACGACAUCCACUCCACACGCUCCAAAGAACGUCUCAAUGCCUACACAUAAACACACACACACACACACACACACACACACACACACACGCACACACACACACACACACUCACACUCACUCACAAGGUCGGUGUUGUGCAGCCAGUGUUCUAUGGUGGUGUCGUGUCCUGUCACCACAUUGGGAAAAGGUGUAUGGCAGAGAAAGACACGGGUACCCGGGUACAGAUGGGUAGCUUUGAAUCCCCCCCCCCAACCCAUCCUCUUUCUCUGCUACGGUACCUCUUCAUCCUGAGCUCAGUUUCAUUAGCAGUUCCACACGUUCCUGUUCCACACGGCCGGCUUUUGGAAAUGAAAAACGGGCUUAAUAGUUUUGUGUAAAAAUAAAAAUGAAAGCGUAUUUUGAUUGAGAACAGACUCCAAAGAAGACAGAGUCGGAAUAGGUCUUGUUUUACUCCGUGUCCCGCGUCAGGCUCACUUAAACUUUCAAAAUAAAAGCCGGCGGGAGGUGAAACGGCCAAUGAAACGGGGCUUCAUCCCGUCAGUGGAAACUGAGGAUCUGGCCUCAGAAACAGCACAUCCUUUCAGCACAAAGUCUUUUUUACAUGUUCUCGUCCGUCUGAUAAACAAUGUUUUUGUCUCACUUUUUGGAAUUUUCACAUUUAUAUCAGUAUUAUUUACGUGUAAUUUUAACAUUGGGGUAUUUAUAUGGGGCAGGUGUGUGUGUGUAUGUGUGUGUGUGGCAGGGGGGUUGGGUAACAUCACUUUCAUCACGUUAUGACACUAUGUUUUAGUGGUUCUGCACACACACACACAUGCAUGCACACAUGCAUGCACACACACACAGGACAGGCCCAGAUGCAUUGUGGGUGCUGUGUUGGUAGUGCAGGUUGUGAAGGCUGAGCUGGUUGUCCCUCUCCUGACGAGAUGGGUUGAGGUGUUUGAGAUGGGAGAUGUUAACAGGGAAUCAGAGGCGCUGCAGGAUCCAGGUCCCAGUUCAGGGUGUCCUAUCUAGAAGACGUGGAUCCUCACUGGCCAUGGGGGGCGGACGCCGGGGACGGGCGUGUGAGAGGAUUGGUCCAGCUGUGGAGGGAAGGGAAGACUCUCUAUCUGCCAGUAGAGACGACUGACAGUCAUUACUGUACUGAGGAACUGAUUAUUCAUCACACACACACACACACACACACACACACACACACACCGCCAUUGCUCUGAGCUGUAAUUAUUUGCUCUUUUACUUUCCACCCAGAACAUUUCACUAUUUUAUUAUCAACUCUUAAUCUAUGAGACUUUUUAAAUGUGAACUUGUUGAUUAUUAGGGGGAAAAGUAAAUCCUUUUUUCUUUUUUUUCUUCCUUUUUGUGGGCAGUAUUAAGCACUGUACCUACAUGCACUCUGUAAAAAGAUAUACAUAUAUAUGUGAAACAGUGGAGGUGAGCAGCCGGGACAAGGGUGACCUGUCGGGGAACGAGUC